CCUCUCUGGUGCAAACGACAACCCUGUUAUCGGUUAUCGAUGGUGUGCGCCGAGAACAAGUGUGUUUAACCGUGUUGUUCUGGUGCUAUUGCUUCACUGUAAAGCCUAGUAGAUUGUUGUUUGCUUUCUGCGGUCACAAUUUGAAUGUGUGUUGUUUUCCCCGACUUCAGAAAAACGGUAGGAGGGCACGAGAGGAGGAGGAGGGAAGCCAGCCGAUAUAUUGUUUUCAGCAGGCUAGCUAACUUUAUGAGAGUGUAAAAGCUAACGACUCGACUCUAACCGUUUGCAGGGAAGCAGGUAACUCGGUUAAAAUGAUGACUUUCUCGGCUCUGGUUAGACCUCUGGCUUCACAGAUUCACCGACAGCUCGCCAGACAAGCCAGGAGUCACCGGAUAACGCCUGUCAGAGGAUGUAACCUGACUGCGUGCUCAAGCAAAUAUGUGCUGUCUCAGAUGCAUCCCAUGUGGCAGGGACCCCUCGUGGUACCGGGAGGGGAUCGUCAGUCUCCAAUUGAUAUUGUCGUACGCAAGAGCAUCUUUGAUUCAAAGCUGAAGCCUCUGGUUACCAAAUACGACCCGCAUACUUGCCAACAAAUCUGGAACAACGGUUACUCCUUUCUGGUCGAGUACGAUGACACUACAGACAAGUCCACGCUACAAGGGGGCCCCAUGGAAGACAAAUUUAGGCUUUGCCAGUUCCACUUCCACUGGGGUGAGACCAACGCCUGGGGCUCAGAGCACACCGUGGACAAGAAGUUGUUCCCCGCUGAGCUCCACUUGGUCCACUGGAACUCUGACAAGUACAGCCUGUUUGAGGAGGCAGUGAUGGAGGAUAACGGGCUGGCGGUUAUUGGAGUUUUUCUGAAGGUGGGAAAGAGACACGAGGGGCUGCAGAAACUGGUGGACGCUCUGCCUGCAAUCAGACACAAGGACAGUGUAGUAGAGUUUAACCGGUUCGACCCUGGCUGUCUGUUACCCACCAACACAGAUGACUACUGGACGUACCACGGCUCUCUAACCACGCCUCCUCUGACAGAGUCGGUUACCUGGCUGAUUAUGAAACAGCACAUAGAAGUCAGCCAUGAGCAGUUGGCUGUCUUCCGGAGCCUUCUUUUCACCUCAGCCGAGGAGGAUAUGCAGAAGAGCAUGGUGAACAACUUCCGUGUGCAGCAGCCUCUCCGGGGCCGUGCCGUCCGCUCCUCCUUCAGUCCCUUCCUGAAGGAGGCGCCAUCCACUGAAGGCGACAAGCACAACCACUGAUGCUGCCAGACCCUUUCGUCUUCUCUUACAGUAACUCACACAGUGACCCCUGUCCACACUUCUGUUGUUUUCCUUUCUUCGUGCUGUCAGAACAUGUUGUUGCUCAUCAACAUCUGAUGCUGGAAGCAGGUUUUUAGAGUGUAGCACAAUGUUGGCAAACUGUUUCUGAUUGGUUGCGGUUUUUAUUUUCUUUUACAAUUUGGUUUGACUGUUGCAGACCAAAAGCCAAUAAGGGAUGCUUGCUGUGGGGAAAAAUAAUAUUGAUAAGAAUGGUAUUUAUUCUAUAUUUACAGUCUUUUCAGUUACUGUAUGUAAAGUUUGUAGCUACAGCUGUGUGUAGGGAGUCCCACCGAGGUGCAGGUACAAACUUCAUGGUCACAGCUACAGCAGAGAGUGCUCUGAUCUCCUCGCUGUGAUGUUUUUAUCCUUAUAAGGAGGCAGGAGCUACUGUAAGUUUACAACACAAUGCCCUGGAGAUUUUACCAAACCGUCAGGGGGAAUGUGCCUCCCCAGUAAAAUACUCAACAUAUCUAAAAUCAUCAGUGUUUUACCACUUGUACCACAAUGUCACUUUUUUCAUUCUUAAAGUUGUAGGAUUUACUGUUUUGUUUUUUUCCAUCUACACACUUUAAACUUUUAGUGUCGUAGCCUGAUAUAAAGAGAUACUUAUGUAUUAUACUUUAUACAUCUUUGUUUUAUUCGGACAUCCUAUAAUUUAAAGAGUCUGAAAGCUGACUCUAAGCUUUGGUUCUUCUACAUAGAACCUGUGUAAUACGCACAAUCAGGCCUGGUUACUAUAGCACAUACACGCAUCCUGAUUGACCCAGAGUGCAUGUACCUGUGUCACACUGGUGCACCCAGUUCUCUUCCUUUACUCUGGCUUACAGUGAUCUCCAUUAGACACUAUAACCACCGUGCCUUUAAAUGUUCUCUGUGUGGCUCACUGCUUUUGGCAGCUUCACCCUCACCCCUCACAGGAUGGAAAGUAUCUGUUCCCCCAAGCUAUAGCUCGGGUACAGUGGUUGGUGGUCACUCUCAGAAAUGGUGGAAGCUCAGCUGCUAUUUACUGUGAUGCUCACCUCUUACUUCCCAGACAGGUGUACUAUGAAGUGAGGAGUCAGUUUUCAGUGUUACAAAGGAAGCUCUGUUUGCUCUCUAUACCUACUUAUGAUGAACUCGUAACCUGGUCUGCAGCAGAGUCAGUUAUCAGUUCAGCUCAUUUUGGCUUGGCCAAAAACUAAACUGAUUUCCACUGAUCUCUCUUCAUUACACUAUGGGACAGCAUCAGACCUGCAUGCACAGGUGUAAAGCUUUAAAGUUGCAGCUGUCAUGGUAACCUAAAGAUGUAUUUGCAUAUAAAAUCCCAGAAUUAACAGUUUUCUUCAGCAUUGAGCUUAUGACUUAUUGGCAACAUCACUGUUGGUUUUAUUGACCUCUGAAUAAAGCAGGCCAGCAGUCUGGGUUAACCACAGUUUGAGGCUUUGUUGAGCAAGCCAACACAAAGAAAGCCUGACUAUGUUGAACUUGCUUCAUAGUACACCUGUCUGGUAAUUUGAAUGAAUCGAGUUGUAAUUGGGAGGAAGCUGCUGUCUUUAUUAGUCUCUGUGGUGCAGUUGUUGUGUUUUAACAGAAGAUUAAUCGCACUAAUGUGAUAGAACAAAUCAGUCUGCUGUUUUUGGAUUGGAAGGGGUUUAAAGUUACAGUUAUAUUUAGCAUAAAAUGUAAUGUAGAAUCCACAUCAUUAUUAUUAUUAUUAUUAUUAUUACUGAUGUUUUAAAGCUAAAGACCUUUUGCAGGAUGUACUUGGAUAGGUCACAGGAGGAUAAGUUACCUCUAAUGUUGCAGCAUGUUUUUAUUUUUAUAUACAAGGAUUCCACUAUUGGAGUUUCACCUGUAACCUAUCCAGAGGGAACCUAUUAUGCUUGUUUCCAUCAACAUAUUUUUAUUCUUGGUCUCUACUUGAGUAGCUUUGGUUAAUUCAUGGUUCAGGAUGAAUUUCUUUCUUCUGAUUGGCUGCUGUUCAUAAACAACGGGUGGGUGGGGAUUCUGCACUCACAGAGAGCUGUGUGCCAGAGUGCUUUGUCACCUGUGACAUUGUACAGGCAAAAAUAUCUGCCAUUUAGAGCAGCGAUAAGCCUGUUUUUUGUCUCACAGUGCACCAUUUAAAACUGAAUAUGAGGAUUCAUCAUUUUAGCAUAAUUAUAUGACAAAAUAUGAAGAAAAAAAGCAUAGUAGUUUCCCUUUUAAAGAUGUAAACUAGAAUAAAUUAAAAUGAUAUGCAGAUCCAGUGCAGGGACACAAAGGUUUUGAAAUCGGGAACAGUUUUAAUGCAAUGUUACAUCAUCUAGAAAGGUUUAGCAGUUAGCAUGUCCAGCAGCCGCAGUGCACGAAAUUGGACUGUGCAGCAACGUCAGAAAGCUAAAAGGAAGUUUGAGGUUAA